GGAUGAACUGAUUGAGAGAUCGUUAGUGUUUGAGAUGUUUGACUCAAAGUGUGUAUACAUUUGGCGCCCAAACACUGGUCUGACUCUUGUUUUGUAUUAGUUGUCACUUCUUUGAUCACAUUGUCAUCACAUCUAUUAUCAAAUUAUCAUUAGAUUAAUCACUUGGUAUGCUAUUUGACUGAUCUGGUCAUCGAUGGCAAGCUCAUCUCUGAUCCGAAACCGUUUUGAGCCAUUCGUGGCAAAUGCCAAUGAAGUGGUUGCCAUCCAAUUGUUAUUCAAUGAAAAACAAUUGGAUGACGAAUCGUGUGAUAUCUCACUCAAAGAGUUUAAUCCUGAGUUUACGCAUCAGUUUUUUGGCGACAAUGAGUCGGUAUUUGGUUACAAAGAUCUCAAAGUAAAACUGUAUUACUCGGCGGCAAAACUCAACUGCUUUUUGGACAUAAAAUAUAAGGAAAAGGUCUCCAAAGAUGAGACAAAUGGCAUUGAAGCCGAUGAAGUUCUUAAGACAAUUGCCGACAAACUUGAGAUACAAAUGUGUCAAUCAAUGAAUGACUUUCGGUUACAGUUAUCAAAAGAGUCUCAAUUCAAACCUUAUGGACAGCUCAUCAAAAGUUUUACUAUUGAUUACAAGAUUGAAGACAAACAGAUUACGAGACAAUUUGAGAUAUAUAUGACUGAUAUAUUAAAUCCAGGUUUUGAUGCCUAUCACCAAAAAAUGCAAACCUUCUUGUGGUGGUUCAUCGAUGCUGUCUCUUAUAUUGAUGCCGAUGACGAUCGCUGGCAAUAUUUUGUUGUCUAUGAAAAAAGAUCUCCAAAUUUACUUUUGGGUCAAACAAAUGGUCACUCAAACUGUUCUGACGAUUAUUUAUACUGUUUUGUUGGUUACGCCACAGUCUAUCGUUACUACGCUUAUCCCCAAAGAAUUCGUCCGCGAAUUUCACAAUUCUUAAUUUUACCUCCAUUUCAAAGGUGUGGUAUCGGAUCAGCACUAUUGCAGGCAAUAUAUGAUAAUUACAUGUCUGAUGGAGAUGUAUAUGACAUCACUGUUGAGGAUCCGUCUGAAAGCUUUACUCGAAUACGAGAUUUCGUGGACGCGAAGAAUUGCCAAAAGUUAGAAGCAUUCAGUGCAGACAAAUUGAAACUCGGAUGGAAUGAAGAGUUGGCUAAAGUUGCUCAGAGUUGUCUUAAAAUUAAUAGACGUCAGAGCCGUCGGGUAUAUGAAAUACUUCGUUUUCGGAACACUAACCGAUCCAAUGAUGAAGAAUACAAAUCCUUUCGAUUGUAUGUCAAACAAAGACUAAACGCACCGUUAAGAAAGCAAAUGAUUGAUAUCCAGAAACUGGAGAAAAACAAGAAAUUUCCCGAACAAGAGUUGGAACUCAUUAAACAAACAACUAUUCCAACACUUGAAUCACGAAUCGAUUUGUUGGACAAACAAUACAAAGAAUUGGAAGAUGAAUACCAACAUAUCAUUGAAAGAUUAGCUAAAAGUUAAUCAAAAGUAAUAAUAAUUUCGUUAUAAUAUUUUGUAAAUUUCUUCUUUUUUAUUAAUUUUCUUUUUUUUUAAUUCUCUAUAAGAGAUAUAUUAAAUAUAUUCUUGCAUUUCGUGCAAAAAUCAGAUAAAAACAACACAAUUGAAAGCAAAAACUAUUUACGGUAUAAUGUUUACCAUUUUUU